AUGGACCGAUACUUUGAAAUGAAAGGAAAACCAGCAUACUUGAAAGCAUUCGAGCGAGCCAAGUACGACCCAAACGUCGGGUUGGUUGUCAGAGGGCCACUUCCAGAAGAAUACGAGUAUAUGCAGCUCGAUCACUCUCUAGACGACCGCAACAAUUUCUCGGAUCUUUGUUGCAACGAGCCUUAUUUUUCUAUGACUGCACCAAGACCAUCCGGCAAUGAAAGAUCUCAUUACCCCCCAAUGUUGUGCCGCCCCGUGAUUUGUGGAUCGAUUACUUGCCGAAACUGCCGAGGAAAAGCGCUUCGGUACGCGCGACAAAUGCACCGACUAGGUCCAGAACAGAAAGAAAAGAAAAAAGAAGUGCCUACCCGAAAUACACCACAGCGGCUAAUUGCCAUGUUUUGCUUCAUUUUCCUGCUGGGCGCCGCAAAGAUAUUAUUUUGGGAUAACUUCGGCCUCUGA